UAAAACUUAAAACUUAAAACUUAAAACUUAAAACUUAAAACUUAAAACUUAAAACUUAAAACUUAAAACUUAAAACUUAAAACUUAAAACUUAAAACUUAAAACUUAAAACUUAAAACUUAAAACUUAAAACUUAAAACUUAAAACUUAAAACUAAAAACUAAAUACUAGAAUUCUAGAUUGAAUUUUCAAGAGGUCCUGUCUGCAAAUUUAAUCUAAAACCCUCUGUUGAUUUGUCGGUCGACCUAAUGGCAAUCGCUUGAACUUCAACAAGCUUUCCCCACUAGUUCAUCCGUAUGCCACCAGAAUGCGCCACUCGUUCACGCCAAACUUUUCAUCGAUUCUCUGCGCGCACGCGCUUCAACUGCCAAUCGAUCAAACAACUACGCGCCCCUUCGCUUCGAACCAUGCUUCUGAAAUCAUCUCUGAACAAGUCUUACUCCCUGCAAUGACCACCAGUCUAACGUCGGAAAAACUCCUCCACGCGGACGCCCACUUCCGGGUGUACCUCACCAAGCAGACCACGUCCACCAUCGGCUUCCGGUGGGACUUGGCGGAACCGCUGGCGGAACCGUUCGACCUGUUCAAAGUGGAAAAGUGCUACAGCUGCAAACGCAACCUGUGGGACGUGGUCCACUGGGGAACGGGCUGGUCUGUGGUGGUCCGCAGCCUCGAGCAGAACCUGUGCUACUCGUUUCGGAUCAACGUGCUGCGGCAGAACGAGGAGGACGGACGGUUCCUGUACCUGAGAAAGUCCGAAGUGUUCAAGUCGUUUACGCUGCCCGAUGUUCCGUCAACGUUGUCCGUCUUUCGUGCGGUCCGAAAGAGUCAACCGGCACUGAUCAGAAAGCUGUUGAGCAUCAAGCCAGCCUUAGUCAACGUACCAGUUCAUGGAGAAACCCUACUGUAUCAGGCAGUGAGGAACGGCAACCUGGAGGUCAUCGACCUGUUGCUGGAGUUUGGCGCUGACGUUAAUCUUGGAAUGCCGUGCAACGCGGAGACGCCACUUCACCUAGCGGUCUACAACAAGAACAUCAAGAUCGCGCGCCACCUGAUCGAGCACGGCGCGGACAUGGGGGCGGCCAACUGCGUCGGGAUGACCGCCGGCCACUACGCGAUCGACACCAACGAUCUGCACACGGUCAAGUACGUGCUCGGGCACGGCGGAAGCCUGGAGGCGCGGGACCGCUGCAGCUGGACGUUGAUCUUCCGGGCGAUCUACAUGCACGUGAGCACCGAAAUCGUGAAGCACCUGAUGGAGCGCAAGUGUCGGCUGAAGGUGCGCGACCGAAACCGGCUGAUGCCGCUGGAUUACGCGCGGUUGACGCAACAGGAAGAGGUCAUACGGUUGAUCCGGAGGAGGUUGAAGAUUUAAGCGAUGGGAAACUUUUUUUUUAUUCGUACAACAUUAAAAAUAACAUUUUUGUAAGAAAAAUAAAAACUAAAUGGUACUGAUAA